AAUAGGAGAUGAGUUAGUGGCAACAUUUGAGUUAUAACUUGAGUUAACUGUGCAAUGAAAGCAAUCCCUAAGUGGGAUACCAUAGCAGUUGCAAUCUCCUGGAGUGCUUCAGUUGAUAGCCACCUCUGAUCCCCUCCCCCUACCCCAUGCACUUUAAACAGCAGGGGGCUGGCAGCAAUACAUUUUCAAUUAUAAGCCCUCAGUGCUGGAACCUGCUCUCACCUGCUGCCUGCCAAGAGCCUGGAUUUCUUGACUUUCAUGUUUCAAUAACAGGCGUCCAGAGAGAGGGAAAAGGAGAAGGCGCGUACCCAGAGCACGAGCUGCCCAGAGCCCCUGCAAAAGCCAUGCUCUCAAACUCAACCUGAGGAGAAAGCAACCACCCCAAGCCCCACCGCGACAAAGAGGGGAAGGGGAGAAGCCACCCAUUUCCCCCCCCCCCCUUCCCCGUGCGAUGGCUCUGCUGGAAUCCAACAUUAUCUGUAUCACUUGGGAUUCUGCUGCUGCUGAGUGAGUAAUUGCUAUUGCUGCCGCUGUUGCUAAUUCAAACCUGGUGCCAAUUGCUAGUGGAUUUGGUUGUGCAAAUUGCGGGGGAAGCGCUUUUUUUUUUACUUUUGUUUCUUAAUAUAACACUACACGAAGAGGCGAGAUGACAAAGGAAAUGUGAUCCCAGUCGUUGCAGAGGCUCAGGCGAGCGAGCGAGAACCGGAGAGGACGAGGGGGGUGAGCGUGGGACUCUCGGAUAGCAUUGCACAGCGGCUCCAAUUUGUGCAAGCGAAUAUAAUACACCCCCCAUGAAUAAUUCAGGGCGGCCGGCGGGGACCUGCCGCUGCUACUCUACCCGGCAGCUACUGCUGCUGCUACAGCGUGUGCGAACCACCCCGAGCCUGCCCGGGCUGCGCGUCUAGAGGGGAGACCGCGUGCUGGAGCGAGCGGGUCUGGGGCUGACCCCGAGCGGGAGAGGAGCCAGCCCAGGAGGGCGUGUGGGCAGCAGCUCAGAGCGAUCCGGGGCUGGGGAGAACCGAAGCGACUUGCUGCAGUGCUGGGUGUCUCUCUUUAUUGCAUCCCGCCAGCCUGAGUGUCUCCCGGGGGGGGUCCGGCACCAACACCGCCCUCCAUCCCCAUCCCCCAGUCAUGCGGUGGUGGAGCAGGCGUCGGCGGGGGAGGACUGGAGCCGGAGGAGUCUGCUUGGCCACUGUGUUUCAGUGUCUCUGCCUCUCCUAGAGCUGGACUGAGCCGCCAAAGGGGGAAAACAAUAACAAAUUUUUUUUCUCCCCACCCCCACGAGAGGAGCUAACUUGGAAGCCCUUUGCCUCGCCGCCCAGCAGCCCCUCGGGGUCAGAGGGGGGCUUGCCCCGCAGACCCCCCGGCGCUAUUCUCCUGCUGCUGAGGAAAUCGGAGCCGAACCUCCCGCAGCGCUAGGUCCAGUUCACACUGGAUUGGGGAGGGGGGAGGUUACAGGAGUGGCGCCCAUGCACUUGAAGAAGAGCAGAGUCACCAACCACGUUGUAGAAGUGCCGACCCCAGGGGGAACCAGGCAGACUCUGUGUCAGCCAGUGACUAGUUUUGGGGAAUCGAUACAAUUUGUCCAAUGCCGACCAGGAUCGGAAGCUAAGUACGGGUAGGGAAGGCAGACUCCAUUGGCCAGCAGCGAACGGGACAACCGCACCCAGCGCUCCCCACCUCUUCUCGGGGGCGAGGCGCUCCAAGGAUCCGGCUCCCUGCAGCCACCGACUAAUAAUCGAUGCCAAGCGACUUGCAACCCGGCUUCUCCAUGAGUCCCUGCUGCUGAGGCGCUUGCACCCCGCGGCUCGUGCCCCCACCCCACCCCCGGCAGCCAGGCCGCUUGCAAAUGGCUUCGUUUCCCGAGGCGGACUUCCAGCUAUGCCCGCUGUGCAAGGAAAUGUGCGGCUCGCCGGCUCCCAUCUCCUCCAACUCCUCCACCUCCUCCUCCUCCUCGCAGACCUCCAACUCCUCCUCGGCGGGGGGCUCGUCCUGCGCCCCGUCCCGCCGCCUGCACGUCCUGCCCUGCCUGCACGCCUUCUGCCGCCAGUGCCUGGAGGCGCAGCGCCAGCACCCGGGCGCGGGGGACGCGCUCAAGCUGCGCUGCCCCAUCUGCGACCAGAAGGUGGUGAUCUCGGAGCCCUCGGGCAUGGACGCGCUGCCCUCCUCCAACUUCCUCCUCAGCAACCUGCUGGACGUGGUGGUGGUGGCGGCCGCCGCCGCCGAGGAGCAGAAGAACAACGGCCGGGGAGGGGGAGGCGGCGGCGGCAGCAACAACCGGCACCACCACCCCCGCCCGCAGCAGCAGCAGCACCGCGCGGCCGGCAGCGGCUCGUCCCCCGCCGCCGCCGCCUCUGCGGCCGCCCCGUCCCCGUCCUCCUCCGGCGGGGGCGGCUCGGCCUCGCUGCUGCUCCGGCGGCCGCACAGCCGGCAGGGCGAGCCCCGCUGCAGCUCCUGCGACGAGGGCAACGCGGCCAGCUCGCGCUGCCUGGACUGCCAGGAGCACCUGUGCGACAACUGCGUGCGGGCGCACCAGCGCGUCCGCCUCACCAAGGACCACUUCAUCGAGCGCUUCGGCGGGGCGCCGGGCGCCAGCAGCGCCGCCGCUGCCGCCGCCGCCCCCGGGCCGGCCGCCCAGCUCGCCCUCGGCCAGCCCUACCCCGCCGCGCCCUACAGCAUCCUCGCCUCCGUCUUCCCGGACCGGGCCAGCUACUGCCAGCACCACGACGACGAGGUGCUGCAUUUCUACUGUGACACUUGUUCUGUCCCUAUCUGCCGGGAAUGCACCAUGGGACGACAUGUGGGUCAUAGCUUUAUCUACCUCCAAGAUGCCCUCCAGGAUUCCAGAACCCUCACCAUUCAACUGCUAGCAGAUGCUCAGCAAGGACGCCAGGCUAUUCAGCUGAGUAUUGAACAGGCCCAAGCUGUGGCAGAGCAGGUUGAGAUGAAAGCAAAGGUGGUACAGUCUGAAGUCAAAGCUAUGACAUCUCGACAUAAGAAGGCCCUGGAAGAACGGGAGUGUGAGCUGCUGUGGAAGGUGGAAAAGAUUCGUCAAGUCAAAGCCAAGUCCCUUUACCUGCAAGUUGAAAAGUUGCGUCAGAAUCUAAAUAAACUGGACAACACUAUUAGUGCAGUUCAGCAGGUCCUAGAGGAGGGUCGUAGCAUGGAUAUUCUCCUAGCUCGGGAUCGCAUGCUGGCUCAAGUGCAGGAGCUGAAGAAUGUGAGAGGCCUUCUACAGCCGCAGGAGGAUGACAGAGUCAUGUUCACUCCUCCUGACCAGGCUCUGUAUAUGGCCAUUAAAUCAAUGGGGUUUGUCAGCAGUGGGGCUUUUGCUCCUCUAACCAAAGCCACUGGGGAAGGUCUCAAACGUGCACUACAGGGCAAAGCGGCCUCCUUCACAGUGAUAGGCUACGACCAUGAUGGUGAACCACGCCUUUCGGGGGGCGAUAUGAUCUCUGCAGUGGUGAUGGGCCCAGAUGGAAACCUGUUUGGUGCAGAUGUCAAUGAUCAGCAGAAUGGAACCUACCUGGUCAGUUACAGACCACAGCUGGAGGGAGAGCAUCUAGUCUCCGUCAUGAUGUGCAACCAGCACAUAGAGAACAGUCCGUUCAAGGUCAUGGUAAAAUCUGGGCGCAGUUACAUUGGCAUUGGACUACCAGGGCUUUCAUUUGGCAGCGAGGGAGACAACGAUGGCAAGUUGUGUCGCCCCUGGGGAGUUUGCGUAGACAAAGAAGGGUACAUCAUGGUUGCUGAUCGCAGUAAUAACCGCAUUCAGGUGUUUAAGCCCUGUGGCACCUUUCACCACAAAUUUGGCACUUUGGGUUCCAGGCCUGGUCAGUUCGAUCGCCCUGCUGGUGUUGCCUGUGAUAUCUCGCGUAGGAUUGUCGUGGCUGACAAGGAUAAUCAUCGCAUCCAGAUCUUUACAUUUGAUGGGCAGUUCAUUCUGAAAUUCGGGGAAAAGGGAACCAAGAAUGGUCAAUUCAAUUACCCAUGGGAUGUGGCAGUCAAUGCUGAGGGCAAAAUCCUGGUCUCUGACACGAGGAACCAUCGGAUUCAACUGUUUGGACCUGAUGGUGUGUUUCUGAAUAAAUAUGGCUUUGAAGGGGCACUCUGGAAGCACUUUGAUUCUCCAAGAGGUGUAACUUUCAAUCAUGAAGGUCAUCUGGUAGUGACAGAUUUCAACAACCAUCGCCUCCUGGUCAUCCAUCCAGAUUGCCAGUCAGCACGCUUCCUUGGGUCAGAAGGCACCAGCAACGGCCAGUUCCUGCGCCCACAAGGCGUGGCUGUGGAUCAAGAGGGGCGCAUCAUUGUGGCUGAUUCUAGGAACCACCGAGUGCAGAUAUUUGAGUCAAAUGGUAGUUUUUUAUGCAAAUUUGGCACUCAGGGAAGUGGUUUUGGUCAGAUGGACCGACCUUCAGGUAUAGCUGUCACCCCUGAUGGCAUGAUUGUUGUGGUUGACUUCGGAAACAAUCGAAUUCUCAUCUUCUAAUCUGUGUUAUCUGAAUUAGGAAGAAACUGUCUCAGGGAAAUUCUUUUUAAGAGAACGAAAAAAUACAACGUUAAUUCAAACCUACCUCAUCUUUAAUUUUUUACAGAUGAAUGUACUUAUCUUUUCUGCGGGGAGUGAUCCUGUAAAGUUAUAAAUUCUAUCUACCUCAUUAUCUUUGUGUUCUCCUCCUCUUCCCCCCUACCCCCUCCCUCCCCCAGCAGUAAGUUUUACCUCUUCCCCACAUGGGGCAUCAUGCACAAACAUGUGUUGCUGUGCACAUUAGGUGGUUGCGUGAUACAU